AUGCUCUCAGAACUCCCGACCACCUCUGAACUCUCUGAAUCGUACAGUGUCAGUCACAUCGAAAACAGUUUCCUUCAAAUGACAUCUACAAUAUCCUCGGAGGAAUCUGAUGACAUCUUGGUUCCCUCGUUACUAAAGACGUCGUCUGAAGAGCUUGACACAUUAGACGACAGUUUACUACAAUCGAGUACGGUAGAUGACAGUUCCAUUUACUCCAUCCAGUUCGAGCCGAGUGAAGUUGAAGACCGACCUGAAGUCACUCCUCCGAAGUUACAUGGGGAUGCCAUCUACUAUUACAUCGGAGUUGUGACAGAUGGAGAAGCUAGCAGAUUUGUGACAAAACGAAAAAGUUUCUUUCUCUAUCAUUCAUACGAUAUUGAGGUAGGUGAUUUAUAAUAGAAAGUUGUAAAAGUUAUAGUAAAGAUAAUUUGUACAACGUUUUGAAAACAGAAUCAAGCCAGUAUUUUAGACAGAAGAAGACGUCUCACCUCUGAUGCUCAUUUACCGUGCAGUAGAUGGGGAAUGUCACACGUUGUUAGUCGAUAUGACAGAAGAUUACCGCUACUUUAUUCAAAAACAUACCUUUUCUUCGCUGACAGAGCUGGUAAGUUAA